AUGUCAACUUUGCAAGUGUUGGAACUUUCAAAUAAUUCUUUAUCAAGUAGCCUUCCAUCAGAUUUUGGAUGUGGCCUUCCUAAUCUUGAAAAGCUAUAUUUAUGGGGCAACAAACUUUCUGGAAAUAUCCCAAAUACUAUUUCCAAUGCCUCUAAGCUGGCCAUUUUGGGGUUGGAGGAAAAUAAUUUUAGAGGGGUUUUACCAAGAACACUUGGGGAUUUAAAAUACUUGGAAAUCCUUCAAAUAAAUGGUAACAGUUUAACCACAUCAGAUAGUUCCAAUUCCAAAACCAACUUUAUUACCUCAUUGACUAAUUGCAGGCAUUUGAAUAUUUUGGAUCUCUCAAUGAAUCCAUUGUAUAUAAAACUUCCCAAGUCCAUUGGAAACUUCUCUGCUUCUCUACAAGAGUUGGACAUAAACUCUUGUGGUAUUAAUGAUAACAUACCAUCAGAAAUCGGGAAUCUUACUAAAUUGAUUAGACUAUCUUUGGAUGAAAAUGUUUUGAAAGGACCAAUUCCAAUAACAAUUGGUAGCUUACAUGCUCUUCAGUUUUUGAGCCUCAAAGGCAACAACUUGCAUGGUUUAGUUGUUGAUGAGCUUUGUGAGAUCAAACCACUUGGCUAUUUACAUCUAAGCCAAAACAAGUUUUUUGGAGCAAUGCCACCUUGUUUAGGAAAUAUUUCCUCUUUAAGAGAACUUCACUUGGGCUCUAAUAAGAUGGCUUUUGAGAUACCAUCUUCCUUUUGGAAUUUGAAAGAUAUAUUGCAAGUAAACUUGUCUUCCAAUCAAUUUUUUGGGAAUAUUUCAUCAAGGGUUGGGAGCUUAAAAGCUCUUACUUUAUUUGAUUUAUCCAAAAAUCAUAUUUCAGGCAUCAUUCCAACAACUAUAGGCGGCUUGCAAAAUCUACAAAUUCUCUAUUUAGCGCAUAAUGAAUUGCAGGGAUCUAUUCCUAUUUCAUUUGGGAAUUUGAUAAGCUUGAAAAAUUUAGACCUUUCCCAAAACAAUUUGUCUGGGGAGAUUCCUAAAUCUUUGGAAUUACUUAUUGAUCUUAAGUAUAUCAAUCUCUCUUAUAACAAACUCCAAGGGGAGAUUCCAAGUGGAGGAGUUUUUAAAAAUUUGACUCCAAAAUCUAUUAUGAUGAAUCAAGCUCUUUGUGGCAACCUGCAAUUCCAAAUGCCUCCUUGUAGAAAGGAAACAAGACAAAGAUUCACGAUAAAAUAUCUUUUAUUGAAAUGCAUAUUACCCAUAGUUAUGUCAAUAAUUUUGGUUGUCUCAGGCAUUAUCCUUUUAAGACAUAAACGACAGAAUUCAAGAGGACUAGUUGAAAGGGAUUUCCCAACUUUAGGAGUGCCAAGAAGGAUUUCUUAUUUUGAAAUCCAAGAAGCAACCAAUGGAUUUGAUGAGAGUAACAUACUAGGAAGGGGAAGUUUUGGUUCUGUGUUCAAAGGAAAGCUUUCAAGUGGAAUGAUUGUUGCAGUUAAGAUCUUCAAUGUUGAUUCACAAGUAAUGUUAAGGAGCUUUGAACAAGAAUGUGACAUACUGCGUAAUGUGCGUCAUCACAAUUUGGUAAAGGUUAUAAGCUGUUGCUCUAAUGAUGUUUUCAAAUCUUUGGUAAUGGAGUUCAUGCCCAAAGGGAGCCUUGAGAAAUGGUUAUAUUCUCACAACUAUUUUUUAGAUUUUUUUCAAAGGUUGAAUAUAAUGAUAAAUGUAGCAUCUGCUUUGGAGUAUCUCCAUCAUGGCUUGCGAGCACCAAUUGUUCACUGCGAUUUGAAGCCCAGUAAUAUUUUACUGGAUGAUGAAAUGAUUGCUCAUGUAAGUGACUUUGGAAUUUCCAAAAUUUUUAAUGAAGGGGAAUCUAAGACACACGGGGAGACAAUACCUACCAUUGGCUAUAUUGCACCUGAGUAUGGAUCUUCUGGAGUUGUUUCAACAAAAAUAGAUGUGUAUAGCUAUGGAAUUAUGCUAUUAGAGGUGUUUACAAGAAAAAGGCCAACAGAAGAUAUAUUUGUCUCAGGAUUGAGCUUGAAGAGUUGGAAGUACGUGGCAAUAUGA